UGCACGUAUUUCCGUGUUGUGACUUUCGUUGCUUUGAUAAAGGUUGCAAAGGGAUCGCGGCAGAGAGAAGGAGCAGCAAUAUUCAGAGCAGCAGCAGCAGCAGCGGCGGCUGCAAGCAGCGUCCUACCCCGUCGCCCUACCCUACCCUACCCUGGCCUACCCUGCCCUGGCCUUUUGUUCACUGUGUUUCCAAGGCAGGGUUCUGUUUUUUCUUCCCCCUGUGUCGAUGUGGGGGAUAUCGAAGUGAAGGAGAAAGCCCAGAGCCCGGAAUGGCAAGAUGAGCCGUGCUCGGCUGCUGGUAGCUUUUUAACCCUUGCGGUGCUCAGGACGUGUCCCGGCCGGCCAGACCUGCACCAGCAACUGGAUGCAGCAGCCAGCUCAGCCCAGCCCUAGCGUGGGGGUAAGGUAGUUUCUAUUCGUGUGAAAGACGUUAUGAAUUACAAAGAAAUGAUGCAUUCAGUGGGCUGCAGUAACACCAGCUGCUAUCAGUCUGAGAAGGAGGUUGCUGACGAUGUGAGCAGCGAUGAACAGUUUGACUUGUGUUCGUCUCAACCGGACAAACAUUACGGGAACAGCUACAAGCCCAUAAGCUGCGUGAAGCAGGAGUCGCCGGAGGAGCCGAAUUCCCAAAUGGGCGUCGGGAGAACCGCAGAGGCCCAGGACGACGUGAAACGGAGGAAAAACAUUUUCCGAGCGGGGAAGAGAGGAAGGCCGGCUGGGACGACGAAAGCUGCUGGCUACAGAACCAGUACGGGCCGACCUUUGGGAACAACAAAGGCAGCUGGGUUUAAGACCAGCCCGGGCAGGCCCUUGGGCACGACCAAGGCAGCAGGAUAUCGGGUCAGCCCUGGAAGGCCGCCAGGUACCAUAAAAACUCUCUCCCACAUCUCUGGUCUCGAUUUCCCCUCGUGUAGCAGUGUUGCUUUUAGCUAUUCGAUGGUCCGUAACAAAGCAUCAAGUGGCCCUUCUGUAACCACAAAUAGAAACUUGGAGCUGAAUCAGUAAAACGUCAGCACUGUUUUUCUAUAAUCUGUUUGUUCCUUUAAGAAGUAGGGUAACUUUUUAUACAAGAUAUUGAUCUAAACACACGUACUAUAAGAUCUUGUUAAACAGCAUAGAGGUUGUGGAAUCCUGGCCCUAAAAUAAAAUGUCUUUGGAACAUUA